GAAACUGUACCACUUUAUCUAAACACACAAGAAACUAGGUAGGUACUGCCACACAAUCCUCUUCUUCCCUCUAAAAACAUAGCAGUCCAGAGUUGCAACGUUGCGAGCCUCAUCGCCUUUCACUCAACCCCUCGGUGCUUACUAGUCUUCUAUCUGGGAAAACAAAAAGAAUUACUGUGGAGAUGCCUUCUCUUCUGCAUGUACAUCCAAAUAAGCCCAUUCCUUUUCUGGGAAUUUCGGCUUUUCCUUUAUUGCUACCUUCAACUAAAUCAACUACUGCUUCUUUCAUACGGGAUACUGCAGACCCUCAGAUCUUGCAUAGAAAAGAAGCUUCUCUCUUUCUGCAAAAUGAGUUGAACAACACAAGGUCAAAGAAACUGGUCUCCUUUGCUCCCAGGUGUAGCGGGUCCACAAACUCCAGUGACAGUAAAGAUCAAACUAAGACACCUUUUGGAUACUCAAGGAAGGAUGUUCUAUUGAUUGGCCUUGGAGUCACUGUUGCCGGAGUUGGGUUGAAAAGUGGAUUGGAGUUUGUGGGAGUUGAUCCUUUACAAGCAGGAAAUGUAGUUCAAUUGGUAAUGGUUUUGGGCCUCACAGUGGGAUGGAUUUCGACGUACAUCUUUAGAGUCUCAAACAAGGAAAUGACGUACGCUCAACAAUUACGUGACUAUGAAGUCAAAGUCAUGGAGAAACGGCUAGAAGGUUUGACAGAAGCAGAGCUGGAGGCAUUGCUUGAACAAGUUGAAGAAGAGAAGCAACGGCAAGCAAGUGGGGAGCAGGUUAAUUGAAGCUCUUUACAUUUUAAUAUCCAUUAUUGAAUUUUGACAGGUUGGAUAAUAUGUAUAAUUGUAUAUUGCCAUGCAAUGAUGUUCCUUCUAUAGCCACUGUGAAUGUAACCAUGUAUGACUAAUGUAAGAGUCAUACACCCUUACAAUGUAAUUGAAUCUAAAGUAAGGACGAAUGGAUGAAUGGAUGUACAUUUAUCUUUGCAUUCA